CUAAGCCAUUAAACGGAGGCUAGAAUAAUUUGACGUGACAUGGUAAUAACGGCGAUACGAAAAUUUGGGAUGAUAAGAGAUAAAUAAGGAAAAAAAAAAAAAAGAGGAAAACAACAAACCCAGACAGUGAAGAGCUACACCAGGGAGUGCCGUUACAAAGGCGAAACUCCGGAACGUCAACUCAACCAAUCCAAAGUUACCUGUGACAUCAAGAUCAGGACUGAGUGGCUACACGUGUGUUUGUACUCGCCUGGUGAGAGAUGCCAUCCACACGACUCUUUCUUGGAGGGCUGAGUGAUAAAAUUAACAGACAGGAUGUUGGAGCAAAGCUGUCACAUUAUGGACCAGUCCUCAGCAUUGACCUCAAGGAAAAGACUGAUCCAGAGGGAAAUAUUUUAUUCAGAUUCGCCUAUGUCAAUGUGGAUGCAUCACCAGCUCAGAUUGAACAAUGUAUUCAACAGCUGCAUGGUACAUCAUGGAAAGGUUCCCACCUAAGAGUGGAACGAGCUAAGGAGAGCUUUCUAGAGCGUCUGAAUAGGGAAAGGGCUGCCAGACAGCAAGGGAACAAAAUGUACCCUGAAAGGUUAAAUAAUAAUAAUCUAAAUACUGUGCCAAUUGUGGGAGAGACGGAAAAUUCUAAAGAACACCAAGCCUUUCCAGAAAAACACGUCAGUAAAGGGAGUGACAGUAACCAUUCAAAAAAAAGAAAAGAUAACAAUUCUCUUGAAAAGGAAUUAUCUCCAAGGAAAAAAACUAGUCUGCAUGACACUGAUAAAGUUUCACAGACAGAUGCCCGAUCAGAUCCUUCAAAGAGAGAAAAGAAAAAAAAGAAACAUGAAGUUGAGGAAAAAAUGCUUUCAAGCUUCAAAAAAUUUAGUUCAGUUUGGGCAGACUCUGAUAACGAGAAUGAGGAAGGAGACUUUCAAGCUGGCCGUGGCGAGUCCCAUGAGGAACAACAGGAUGAAGUUCUCCCAAAACCUGCUGAGAAUGAGGACUCAGAUGCCACAGUUGAUGAGGACUCUGACAAAAGUGAAAGCGAUUACUCAGACACGAUGGAGGAACGACGGAAACAGUUGAAGAUUUUGAAAAACCUUGAUGACACUGACAAGUCUCUCUCAAAAGCUGUAGGAGAGCAGUCUGCAGUGAGGGAGCAGGUCACUCGUCAGGACACUACUCAACCUGAGGACCAGGAGAACAUGACAGCAGAGAAGACUAUGCACCCUGAACCAGGGCGGAACAACAAAUAUGUGAAAGUGGCUAAGGACCUCAGUUUUGGUCAGAAUGCAUCAGGCUUCAGUUUGCUGGCUCACUUCUCAAGGCUGCAUCAGGAAGAAGUUCAGAAAGAAGAGGUGGCAGCUCCUGUAAGUGUUCCCAAGACACUCAUCACUGUACAGCAGAAAGUGAAGAAAAGACCGUUUUUCAUUGCUGGUGAUGACCCGGAAAUUGAAGGUGCUAUAGAAUGGAUGACACAGCCCAUCACUCAGGAAAUCAUCAAGGAGUUUGAGGAGUCACUUCCUGAUCUGAGGCAGGUCAUCAAGACUCGAUCUUUCCGAGCAAGGAAGGAGGAGGCAGAUCCCCGAGGACAAAGACGUGGGCGAGGGAGGGGCAGGGGCCAGGGUCGAGGGAGGCCAAUGGCUGGUAGCACAGGAAACCCAUACAGAGACCACAGGUGGAGGGAAAGAGCUGUCAAGAAGUGAUGUUUGGUGAGUAAAUGUUUGCUUUCCUUUUAAAUUUUGGAAGCAAAUUUCUGAGUCAUAUAUCAUUUCCUUAAUUAUAAGUCAAAUGCUCAGUCUGCAAGUUAUAAUUGUGAUGAUGGUGGAAUAGGAUAUUUGAUGGUUAUUGUGAAAUUUGAAAUGUAAAGGAGAGAUGUGCUGAAGGGGUUAGUGCCACAAGAAGGUGACCAAGGAUUUUUUGUUUGUUAUUUGUUUUUCUAACAGUCAUCAUUAUGGAAAAUGAUGCAGUAAAGUUCAUUAAUCCAUUAGCAGUGGGUCUGCGCCUGUUUGGAUUAGUGAUUUGUUUAUAUAGCAGCAGAAAUUGUUUUACAUGUACCUGCUGAGUGAUAUUAACCCCUAAAGGAUGCAAAAUAAUGUAAGGGACACCUCUGGAGAAUGCAAAAAGCAGCUGUUUUUCAAGUUCAUUUCUUAUAAAAACUCAUUUAAUAAAUGUUUUACAGCAUUGCAAGCCGGUUCUAAUGAUAUAAACGUUUUAUGAAUUAUUCUUGUAAUUACUUUGGAAGUUAUGAUAAAAUUAAAAUAUGUCGAAUUUUCUCAUUGGACAAAAAAAUUCAUGGAACUAAAGUUGUAGAUAUCGAAGAAACAAACGCAAAAAUGUAAAAUUUGAUGAGAAAAUCAAGUUGUACCGACAUCAAGGCAGGUCAGAAGUUGUGCGAUAAGACGGGUUGCGCCCAUACAUGUAUACUUCAGCAGCUUUGGAACUUUCCACAGCUUUUAGUGCCUGAUUUUGAGGUGGUGCAAUGAGUCCUACGUACUGGGGUGUCGUCAUCAUCUGAGUCGGACAAUUUAUGAAUGGGCGGGGCAGCUGAGGCAGGUGGGGCAGCUGGACAAGGGGCUCGUGGCUUGAUGCAGGGUUGAAGUGAAACCCGGAGGCAAAGUGCCAUCGUCAGAAAAGUCAAAAUCUGACGCUGAGAGCUGUGGGCAGUCCACAUCCCAUUUACUGUCACGGGACAUGGCAAACUCACUUGCUAUAUCCAAGAGAGUCCCUUUUAUCCAUUAUAACUAGCAGUGUGAAUUAGCCUCUAGGCCAAUGUAUGUGUGUAUUUAGUUAGACCUAAGGUUAUUGAUUAGUGUAUUUAAGAUGAAGAACAAUAGCAAAGGUCAUGAGGAAACAAGGGAUUAAAAAAAACGGAGGCGUCCGCACGUGGGACACUCGGCAUUUUACGAAACCCACCAAAAUUGCCGCUUGUGGCUCACUCGUCCUUUAGGGGUUAAACUUCAAUGAAGUGGUUUGUUUACUUAAAUAAGUACAAUUUGGUGAUUCACAUACUGUGUUGAUCCAGCUGACUGUGAUCUGUUACAUCUAAUCCCAGACUUAUGUCACUUAUGGUUAUUUUGAAAGCUUUGAAUUUAUUGCAUAUGACAGCAUUACGUGCUUUCAUAUCAGUACUUUUUACUGGGUUCUGUUGUUGCUCUGGGUGGCAAAUUGAGUUACCUAGAGUCUCUGCACAAAGAGAAGUCUGUGCAAAGAAAACAGAAUCAUGGAGCUCACGCUGCUGUGUUUACUUAUUGGUCUUGAUUGAGGCUGACUGCUUUGAUGCCAAAACAAAGCUAACAAUUUCUAAUGGUCCCACUUUCAUUUCUUUAAAUCAUUGUAUAUAUAUUGUUUAUCAAUUUGUGCCAUCCAGAAUUUAGACUAUUGAUUGGUUUUGUUAUUUUCUUUCUAACUUCCUAAGUUCUAGAAUUCAAAGUUGUAUUAUUUUUUGGGGUCAAUUUUGUUCCUUUGUCAUGAAGUGUUCAAUUUUCUUGCUGCCAACAUUUCAGACUUUACUUAUUCUCAUACCCAUGGACUUUAAAUCAAAAGAGUUUUCUGUGUGUUGCCAUUUUGAAGGAGACUGAAGAUCUACCUGUAACGACCUUUAGAGGUGGCCUCAGAGAUAAGUAAGCCAGCCAUAAGUUCAGUCUGAUUAACUAAACACUCUCCAGUGGUCUGAACAUUUGACUCACUGUAUACACUUGGUAGAAGUUGAGCCCUUCAACCCUGGUAUGUUUAAGUAAGGAACAAAUUUGAUCCCCUUAGGAAAGUAGUAUAGAAGCUGUAAUGGUAUCAGUAGUAGUUUUAUCAUUAUUAUUAUUAUUAUAUUAUUGUUGAUAUUAUUAUUAUUAUUAUUUUUAUUAUUGUUGUUGUUUUUGUUAGUAGUGGUAGUAAUAGUAGUAGUAGUAGUAGUAGCAGCAGCAGCAAGUAAAAGUAGUAUCCAUGUAAAAGUCGACCAUCAAAACUUGGCCUUAAAUUUUUUCUAAAACAAUUACACAUAUUUUAUUUGACUUAUGUGAGUAAAUAUAGGGGGUAGUGGUCUAACCAAGAUUUAAGACCAAGCCAUGUAAGUGACAUAAGCAGAUUGUAUUACCUGGGAGUAGUUGUAAUUUUGUUAAUGUAGCACUCAUGUAUGGAAAAUAAAACCAAAAUAUCUUUA